AUGAGAGGGGUUUAUGAGGAGCAAUGCAAUGCCUUAGGGGCAUACAACAAACCCUUUUCUAACACAUACAAUCCUGGCUGGAGGAACCAUCCAAUCUUCAGUUGGAGAGAUUCCAACCAAGCACAACCGUCUGGAGGACAAUGGAGAACUAAGCAACAGCCGCAACCACCAAAGGCGUAUUCUGCACCUCAAUACAAUUCGCAUCAGCCAAGGAGUUCUCUUGAGAACACCUUGCAAUCUUUCAUGGAGGUACAGAGUAAGACGAAUCAGAAGUUUGAAUCACUGUUCACGCAAAUGGUGGAGGAAAGUAAAGAAAUGAAGAGUCAAAUCACGAAUCUGACUGGAGCUUUGGCUGUUCAAGAACGCGGCAAGUUCCCUUCACAAGCUCAGUCAAACCCAAAGGGUCAACAUAUGGCGCAAAUCUCAUGUCUCGAUAAUCAAAAUGUUAAAGAGGUGAAUGCCAUCAGUACUCGUAGUAGUAAGAUUAUGGAAGAACCGUCAACAAGUGCAACCACUUCGAGUACUAAGGAAGUUGUCCCUGAGAAAGAUGAUCCAACAAAUGUUCCGGUAAAGGUGCCUUUUCCCCAAGCUCUACGUCCAACUGGGAAAAUACCGGAACACCAAAGUGAGAUCCUAGAGCACUUGACUCAAGUGAAGAUUAAUCUUCCUUUGCUUCAUGUUAUCAAGCAAGUGCCUGCUUAUGCUAAGGUUAUCAAGGAUCUGUGCACUAUCAAAAGGAAGCACCAUGUCAAGAAGACAACAUUCUUGACAGAACAAGAGAAUGUGUUAUCUCGGUUUGGCACUCCACGUGCUAUCAUCAGUGAUCAAGGCACUCACUUCUGCAACCGUUCAUUUGAGGCUCUUAUGUGCAAAUAUGGUGUGCUUCAUAAGGUUGCUACUGCCUAUCAUCCACAAAUGAAUGGCCAAGCUGAGUUGGCGAAUAGGGAGAUCAAACAAAUUCUGGAAAAGACGGUAAACCCCGACCACAAGGAUUGGUCCUUACGUCUUCUUGACGCUCUCUGGGCAUACCGCACUACUUACAAAUCCCCUCUUGGGAUGUCUCCUUAUAGGCUUGUCUUUGGGAAAGCCUGUCAUUUACCUGUCGAGCUCGAACAUAAAGCUUAUUGGGCUGUCAAGGCCCUUAACUUUGAUCUCAAUGCUGCAGGUAUUCAAAAAAAGCUCCAAUUAUCUGAGAUUGAGGAGUUAAGGAACGACGUAUACGAAAACUCUAGGAUCUACAAGGUAAAAAUGAAAGCGGCUCAUGACAAGCAGAGCCUGAGAAAAAAUUUUGAGCCAAAUCAGCGGGUGCAUCUUUAUGACUCUCGUUUGCAUCUCCACCCACGUAAGUUAAGGUCGCGGUGGACUGGUCCAUUUGUGGUGAAACAAGUUUUUCCCAACGGUGCUAUCGAGGUCGAGGACCCGAGCGAUGGAAGAAUAUUCAGAGUCAAUGGCCAGAGACUGAAGCAUUACAUUGAGCGUGUGAGCCAAGCUGAAGAGACCAUUCUCGAGGCUCCGAUUUACCAACCUUGA